GAAACUCCUCAUUCGAGGAGGCCGCCCUGACAACGGAGCCACCUACCCAUCCCCUCUCUGUCUACAGCACGAGUCGGUAACCGUUUUUUUUUAAGAAGCACAGCCCUUUGUUUUAGUUGUAGCUGACCUUCCAGCCUCCUGCGUUUUUUUUAUUUUUUAUCCCACUGGACGUCCUUUACCAUGGCGGCGAGUGCAAAACGAAAACAAGAGGAGAAGCACCUGAAGAUGCUGAGGGAAAUGACGAGUUUGCCUCCCAACAGAAAGUGCUUCGACUGCGACCAGCGCGGCCCAACCUACGCCAACAUGACUGUGGGCUCAUUCGUGUGUACCUCCUGCUCUGGCAUCUUACGAGGACUGAAUCCACCCCACAGAGUCAAGUCCAUUUCCAUGACAACUUUCACGCAACAGGAAAUCGAGUUCCUCCAGAAACAUGGCAAUGAGGUAUGUAAACAGAUCUGGCUCGGUCUCUAUGAUGACAGAACCUCUUCAGUGCCAGACUUCAGAGAACCACAGAAAGUCAAGGAGUUCCUUCAAGAAAAAUAUGAGAAGAAGAGAUGGUAUGUACCUCCUGAGCAGGCCAAGGUGGUGGCAUCAGUCCAUGCUUCCAUCUCUGGCUCCUCAAACAGCAGCACCAGCAGCACCCCAGAAGUUAGACCACUCAAAUCCCUCCUGGGGGAGUCGGCUCCCUCUCUACACCUCAACAAGAACACACCACCAAAUCAAUCUCCUGUGGUGAGCCGUGGACAACAGCAUCAGCAGCACUUCCACGACAAGAAGUUUGACCUCCUCAGUGACUUGGGUGGAGACAUCUUUGCUGCCCCUCCAAACAUGAAUGCAGGCGCCAGCUCCAGUUUUGCUAACUUUGCACAUUUCAACAGCCACACAACCGCACAGAAUGCCAACGCAGAAGCAGACUUUGCUAAUUUUGAUGCAUUCAGGAGCACUUCUGCGUCGACAGGUGGUUUCCAUUCUGCUCCCCAAGUCCCAUUUCAACCUUCAAAUACAGCUUUCACUCUGCUCUCAUCCAGCCGCAGUAUGGGUGAGUUUGCCACUGCCCUGCCUCUCCAGGGUGCACACAGUAGCACCCCAGGGGGACUAGCAAAUGCCAGUUUUGCAAAUUUUGACAACUUCCCCAAAUCGUGUAGUGCUGACUUUGGAUCCUUCAGUUCCUCCUCCCAGAGUAACUCCACAGGAACUGGCAGAGACGCUGUACAGAGUACUAGUGUCGCUGCUGAUAGAUACGCAGCCCUGGCUGACCUGGAUAACGUGUUUAGCUCUGCCAAUACAGAGCAAGGAGCUGGUAUUCCUGGAGCGAGCACAGCAGCAACUGGAGGAGUCAGUGGUUUGCCUCAGAAGCAGCCCGCAGUCCUAACAGGGGGGGACCGCUAUGCUGCUCUAGCUGAGCUGGAUACCGUCUUCAGCUCCUCAGCCCCUGCCACCAGUGUUUACAACACCACCAGCACCUCACAAGGGGCCAUGUUUGGCUCGGAGACUGGGGUGUCAGCAGCACAGGCACAACAGGCCAUGCCUGGCAUGGCUCAGGGUUUUGGAGCAGCUCAGUCAACCAAUCCAUUUGUAGCUGCUGGCGUUGCCCCAGCAGCAGCAGCAGCAGCAGCAGCAGGAGGAGGAGCUCCCACCAACCCGUUCCAAUGCAAUGGCAGAGCAGCGAGUGUGGCAGCUGCAGCAGCAUCGUUUGGUACAGGCUCCAUGAGUAUGCCAGCUGGAUUUGGGAACUCUGCUGCCUACAACUUUCCCACUAGCUUCAGUGGAACAUUCCAACAACCCUUUCCUGGUCAGGCUCCUUUCCCUCAACCUCCUGCGUAUCCCCAGCAACCCAACGGUGGGGGAUUUCCAGCCUUUGGCCAGGCCAAGCCUGUUGUGACUUCUUUUGGGCAGGCGAUGGGAGGACCUAUGGUCUCGAGCAACCCUUUUCUGGGUGCCGGUCCACCUGCACAGUACCCAGCAGGAGGCUCUUCAACAAACCCCUUCUUAUAGCGAUCCAUCUUGUCUGCUGCACUACAGGGUCAACAACUGGCGCGCUUGCACCUAUUGCACUGUUUUGUUUCACAAGUAGCUUUAAAAACACAAUGUUUGUAAGGAUUUGUAUUUUCUAUCGCUGUUUGUCACAAAUGGAACAAUAUGCGAGACAGUCGUUGCUGACACUGUCUGUGGCUACAAAACAAAGUGAUAGUGUGUGAGGGAGAGGUUGAUCCCCUCUUCUCUAUUUAACCUGUGAACUGGCCUUGCCUCUACUGAGCCACCAUGUAUAAUCAAACUGGCUGAAAACUAAGUUAUUGCGUACAGUAUAUCUCAUUCAUUAUGCUGCAAUUCUGUACAUAUUUUUCUUUUAGGACAUUAGCUUUUGUGCAUAUCAGUAUUUGUAUCUAAAACACAAGAUUUGGUAAGACAGAACUGUUGCCUGGAAAAGCUAAUGGGUACUGCCAGUUACUGUAUUUGUAAAAAACCAAACUGUUUAUUUGUGCAAGAUCCUUUUAGGCAAAAUGUUCCCACUUAAGAGAAAAACGCAUAUUCUGUUGUCAAGACAUGAAAAGAAAGAGUGAAUGCUGCAUCAGGGACGGGGCUGGGGAUUGAUUGCUCUGCCAUCCCUUGUCCUGCGUACAGAGGUAAAAACACCUUCGGACAGUCGACCACAUCCGAGUGGUUAUCAGGAAGACGAUGAACUGAAAACCACUUACAUUGGGUAUUAGAGAAUUUUAAGUUAAUGUGUAAAUAUAUACAGUAUAUAUAUUAAAAUGAAUUUUAAGUAA